AUGCCAUCAGACUCCCAGCUUCCUCCCUUCGACCAUGAGUACAAAUUCAGCUAUACUACCCCACCAAACCCGGCGUUUACCUACGGCGAUCCUGUCUCGAGCACUGAGCUCGGGAAAGUCUGGCUCGAAGGUUUGAAAGAAGGAUGGCAGGUGUACGACACUACGAAAACGGACACGAGAAAGCUGUAUAAGUUGAUGAUUGGCGCGAUUUCGCCGCGUCCAAUCGCGUUCGUUUCGACUCUCAGCGAAGACGGUACCCCGAACCUUGCUCCUUGGUUCAACCAAGUCACUGCCAAUCCACCCAUCAUCUCCAUCGCUGUUCAGAACAUUACGCCCGAUGGCAUUCCUCAUCUCAAAGACACCGGAGCGAACAUCAAAGCUCUGAAAGAGUUCACUGUGAACAUCGCAAGCGAACCGUUCAUUGAGAAUGCAACUACGACAUCUCUCGAUGCGCCGAGCGGUGUAGAUGAGUGGGAACUAAGCGGGUUGACAAGAGCGCCUAGUAUCUACGUCAAACCUCCUCGUAUCCUCGAAUCCGCCUUCUCGAUGGAGUGCACCCUCUACGCCGCAUACGAUAUUCCUUCUACCACGUGCAGUGCGAUCAGUACCACUCUAAUCCUCGGACACGUUAAGUACAUACAUGUGCGCAAGGAUGUGUUGACAGACAGGGAGAGGAUCGAUCCAGCGAAGCUGAGAGCGGUGUCCAUGUUAGGGAGCGCUACAUAUGCGAGGGUAGGUGCAGGGUUUAGGUUGGACAGGCCGAGGUGGGCGGACGAGAAAGAGAAGAUUGAGAGUAGUCGGAAGGACUCCAGCAUACCUCAGGAGAGUACAGCCCUGUGA